AUGGGAGCUACGACGUCAGUGGUACAAAUCUUAAGAGAUUUGGGGCUGCUGGUAGCGUCUAGUUUGGGCUUCUGUGCUGCUUUAAUUUACAACUUCAUUGGAAGUAUAGCACGUUUGUUCUAUUAUGCAGUUAUAUCACGGAUUUAUUCCCUUUUCCAUACCUUCUUCUGGUCACCAUGCUAUAUCAUCGUGUCAAAUUCAUUGCAGUUAGUCCUAUUACCGGUUAAUAUACCGUUAAGAAUAUUGGCUGGAACGUCUAUGCAAAAGAUAAUAGGCAGGGCAAAUUCCUGGACUAACGGUUUCGUAUUGACGACAAUGUCACAGUAUGCUUUAGUGCUCAUGAUUUUUGGUGUUGUGUUGGGGACUACUUGCGGUGUUUCGUUGGGGAUAGUCCAUUCAAUAAUAAAGGUGCCGAGUGUCGUGAUUGAUAUACCAAUCCUCUUCUGGGUUCGUAUACUUUCGUUUGUGAAGAAAUUGGUGUAUCGAUUGCUACCUUUCGGAUCCAUCCAGCCAAAACGUUAUACGGAUGAGGGCGUCAAUAUGCCAACUCCGAGUCCCUCCAUACCGCCAUCCGAUAUACUUGAACCACUAUUUGCUGAUAUACCGCUGACGCCUAGUAGCAGAUUCGAUGAUACCGUAUGGCGCAGGCAAUCUACUUCCUCGAAGGCUAGUGUGCUAGAGAUGGCAUCGAAAUUACCAAGCGAUUUUUUCCAACAAAAGUACUCUACAACUGACAUUAAGACAGAGCAAGCUCGGCACCAAGCUCGAGCACAGGCUCGGCAGCAUUACCAGAGCCCUGCUGCUUCACCUCAACAUCUGACGAGGGAUGAUUCGAGUCACAGCUCCACGAAUAUAUGGGAUCGAUAUGACGAAUUACCCAGUACUUUGAGAACAGAAGGGGGGAUGAGCACUCUAUACAGUAGAAGGCCAUAUACUUUUACCAAGAAGGGCGAGAGAGAUCAGGUAUCUAAAUUGAAGAGAUCAAAUUGA